GCAGGGGCGGGGGACGCUGCAGCCGCCGCCACCUCCUCCCCGUCCCUGCGCGACUCCUCCUGCCGCGUUCUCCUCUUCUGCUCUCCUGCCCUCCUCCUCUCUUUCCUUUGCCGCCGCCUCCCGGCGGAGAGCGGCCCCCCGGCCGCGAGGGGCGCGGCCCGCAGCCGGGAGCGCCGCCCUGCUGAGCGGGGGUGCCCCGUGCAAGCCCCAACAAGCGGGCUCUGGCCUGGGAUUUCCAAAACUUGUAUGGUUUUGAAAUUGAACAAAAGACUGGAAAUCAGAAUAAUCUUCACAUUUCUUUGAAUAAGAAGUAACAAUGGAACGAAGGCAGAGAGGCGUCAGUGCUGGCCUGCUUUUGCUGCUUUAUCAAAUUUCUCAAGUUGGGCUCCAGAACAUUCCUUCUGUUACCCUUGGGGUGCUUGUACUGAAUAUUUUUCUCUAUCUGAAUCCUCUGAGGCCCCUGGCUGAAGUGUGUCUCAGUGUAAAUGAAGCUGUCCACAGGAGGAACUGGCAGCGGUUGCUGCUUGCUCCUUUCCACCACGCAGAUGACUGGCACUUGUAUUAUAACAUGAUUUCCAUGCUUUGGAAGGGCAUAAUGCUGGAAAGAAAGCUGAAGAGCGUGUGGUUUGCCUACAUAAUUGCAGUAUUUUCAGUACUGAUUGGAGUCGUUUACAUGGUGCUGGAAGUCCUGCUUGUGAUAAUUCUGGAUGAUCCUUCCUAUGAAAUGCACUGUUGUGUUGGUUUUUCAGGAGUCUUGUUUGCUUUGAAAGUUCUGAACAACCAUUUUAAUCCAGGAAGAGUGAGCAGUGUCCUUGGACUGCCAAUAUCCAGUAAAUAUGCUUGUUGGGUAGAGCUGGUGGCUAUUCAUUUAAUCUCCCCAAGGACUUCUUUCGCUGGGCAUCUGUCAGGGAUUCUUGUUGGAUUGAUGUACACUGUGGGACCUCUGAAAAAGAUCAUGAAAGCCUGUGCAGCUGGCGUUUCUUUCUUCACUGAGCCUGACAGGCCUAGGGACUACCAUUCAGAGUAUUAUGGCUAUUAUCCAGAUUAUCAAUACAGAACUCCAAGGAGCUACUUUGAUUAUACAGGUGGGCUCACUGAAGAGGAACAGCUUGAAAGGGCAGUGCUAAACAGUCUUAAUGAAAGAGAUUUUGGCAGAGGAACACACAGUAAUGCACAGCGACCUUACGGGUUCUGGUUCCCACCUGAGAGCUCAGACGAGGACAUGAGAAGGCGAAGGCUUCGUAGGUUUGACAGAUGAUGGAGUUGGCAGGGGUUGAUGUAAAUUGUGAAGUGCUAUUCAGGCUUACCAAAAUAUUUACAGAUACACUUGUAAUCUGUAAUUUACAGAAUAAUUUAUAAUCUUUCUUCCAUUGUUUUUACUACUUGUUGCAAAACUGCGUAGGAUUUGUGAGUUCAGACUCAAAGUUGGAACUUGAAUAAGAAAUGUGAGAUAAGAAUCAAAAUGUGAUCUUUGUCUCCAUCUUUAUGCACCUUAAAUGGAAGAAGACUGAUGGUUGUACCAAACUUUUUUCCUUAAAUUAUUUUGUAUAGCUUUAGCCAGAAUUCCUUGGCUAUUCCUUGUUCUCAGACAGCAGGUUUUCUUCAUCCAUUGCAGCUGAAAUGUUCCAUUUUCUAUGUAACUUUAAAACUAUGCAAUUUUUCCUUACACACCUUUCUCAGUUAUCUGUGAUGACCAACUCACUUUUUGGGAUUGCCAUGUGAAAUGACACUGGAAAAGAUCACUUUGAUGACAGUGGCUGGGCCAUGUGAGUCUAGACUUAAAAGCUUUUGACAAAUAGUUGCAGCUGUCCUUCCCAUGCUGUCCUUCCCAAGGAAUUAUUCAAUACAAACUUCAGUGUUUCAGUCUUCCUCACACCACAUUAUCUAGGGCUUGCAUGGGAUAAAACUUGAGUUGGAACUACUUAUGUUUUCCUAAACCCUUUCUUAAUAUUUAUGUUUUAAAUCGAAAACUGCUGCCCUUUACAGAGCUGAAAUCGUUUGUUGGGAGUUUUUGUGUAAAGGUAUGUGGCUAUGCCAUACAAAGCAUAUAUUUAUUUAACAAUAUACUUUUGUAAAGCAUCCAGUUCCCUUUCUAAGAAGGCUUGCAAAUUUUAUUUUGUAUAUGCUGUUCAUGCAGCUUUAAAAAUGCCACUAUUUCUCAAUAUUAAUCUUGUUUGAAGACCAAUAGCAGACCUGAGAGUUUGUAGACUUGUGGAGAUCAUGCCUGAAUACAGGCCACCUUGAAUUCUUCAUUUUUGAGAAUUUCCUUGCCCAACUAGAGAAGUUGACAGGAGACCUGAGAGCUCAGUUGUCCCUCUGGGGACACCCUCCACACGAGGCUCUGCUCUAGCUGCCUGGUAAUGUCACCUGAGGAACCUCAAGGGGUUUGGUGCCAGUAUCACCCUGAAAAAUCACUCCUCGUCCAGGCAUUUUAUCCUCAGAAUGAAAGAAUUGGUCCUCUAGAACUAUUCAGAACAAUAAUUUUGUUACUGGCUUUUGACACAGACCUGUUGGAAUCUCCUUAUCAGCACUGAUUGAGUAGAGAAUUAGGAUAAGCAGUUUAAGGGUUUCACCAACCUGUGCUUUAUGAAGUCUACUUUUCUACGAGGUUAUUUUUGAAUAUAAAAAACAGUGCUGUAUAUUUCAUACAGAACAAUAUCCUGAAAGGAUUUUUAAUUGUGUUUUUUAAAUAAAUACUACCUACCCUUUCUGUUUGUAGCUAGUGUGUGUAGGGGGAGCUCUUGCUUGCUGGGAAAAGCACAGUAUCAGGAUGCACACUUGGGGCUCAGGGUUUUGGGACACAACAGGCACAACUGCAGUGGGACUCCAGGUCCAGACAGUGCUGAUUUCUGGUGUGUUCAGGGGCUUGGUUGGUUUUGUAUAUAUGCAACAGC